AUGGCCCUUUUCCUCUUCCCUCCCAGCACCACCCCCCACUCUGGCCGGAGCACACCCAGCAGCUCCCCGUCCCUCCGUAAGCGGCUGCAACUCCUGCCUCCAAGCCGGCCCCCACCUGAGCCUGAACCAGUCACCAUGGUGGAGAAAGGGUCAGAUAGCUCCUCAGAGAAGGGUGGGGUGCCUGGGACCCCUAGCACCCAGAGCCUGGGCGGCCGGAACUUCAUCCGCAACAGCAAGAAAAUGCAGAGUUGGUAUAGUAUGCUGAGCCCCACAUACAAACAACGCAAUGAAGAUUUCCGGAAACUGUUCAGCAAGCUUCCUGAAGCAGAACGCCUCAUUGUGGAUUACUCCUGUGCCCUGCAGCGCGAGAUCCUCCUUCAGGGCCGCCUCUAUCUCUCGGAGAACUGGAUCUGCUUCUACAGCAACAUCUUCCGCUGGGAGACAACAAUUUCUAUCCAGCUGAAGGAAGUGACAUGCCUGAAGAAAGAGAAGACAGCCAAGCUGAUCCCCAACGCCAUCCAGAUCUGCACAGAGAGCGAGAAGCAUUUCUUCACCUCCUUUGGGGCCCGUGACCGCUGCUUCCUCCUCAUCUUCCGCCUCUGGCAGAAUGCGCUACUUGAAAAGACACUGAGUCCCCGCGAGCUCUGGCACCUGGUGCAUGAGUGCUACGGCUCCGAGCUGGGCCUCACGAGCGAGGAUGAGGACUACGUCUGCCCUUCGCAGCUGAACGGUCUGGGGAGCCCCAAGGAAGUGGGAGAAGUGAUCGCCCUGAGCGACAUCACCCCCUCGGGGGCGGCCGACCACAGCCAGGAGCCGAGCCCAGUGGGUUCUCGCCGCGGCCACAUCACCCCCAACCUUUCCCGGGCCAGCAGUGAUGCGGACCAUGGGGCAGAGGAGGAAAAAGAGGAGCAGAGAGCCAGCCAGCCAGACAUCAACUCCAGCCAGACAGUGACACCAGCAGCUGAACCCUCAAGCACAGAGCCCACCCAGCCAGAUGGCCCCACCUCCCUGGGCCCGUUGGACCUGCUGCCCAGCGAGGAGCUGUUGACGGACACAAGUAACUCCUCCUCUUCCACAGGGGAGGAAGCUGACCUGACCGCCCUGCUUCCUGACCUCUCCGGCCGUCUGCUUAUCAACUCCGUCUUCCACGUGGGGGCCGAGCGGCUCCAGCAGAUGCUCUUCUCCGACUCGGCCUUCUUGCAAGGCUUCCUGCAGCAAUGCAAGUUCACAGACUUGACCUUGAGUCCGUGGAGCGGGGACAGCAAGAGCCAUCAGCGCCGAGUGCUGACAUAUACCAUUCCCAUCAGCAACCCGCUGGGCCCCAAGAGCGCGUCUGUGGUAGAGACACAGACGCUGUUCCGGCGUGGCCCACAGGCGGGUGGGUGUGUGGUGGACUCGGAGGUGCUGACACAAGGCAUCCCUUACCAGGACUACUUCUACACUGCCCACCGCUACUGCAUCCUGGGCCUCGCCCGGGACAAGGCCCGUCUCCGGGUGUCCUCUGAGAUCCGCUACCGAAAGCAGCCGUGGAGCCUGGUGAAGUCCCUCAUCGAGAAGAACUCAUGGAGCGGCAUCGAGGAUUACUUCCACCACCUGGAGCGAGAGCUGGCCAAGGCCGAGAAGCUGUCUCUGGAGGAAGGCGGGAAGGAUGCGCGGGGACUGCUGUCGGGCUUGCGGAGACGGAAGCGGCCCCUGAGCUGGAGGGGCCACGGUGACGGGCCGCAGCACCCAGACCCCGACCCCUGCACCCGGCCUGGCAUGCACACCUCAGGCUCCCUCAGCUCCCGCUUCUCGGAACCGCCCAUGGACCAGGGCCCCGGGGCAGGUGUCCCCAACGCCCUGGUCUUCAUCAGCGUCGUCCUCAUCAUCCUCAUGGCCCUCAACGUCCUCCUCUUUUACCGCCUCUGGUCCCUGGAGAGGACAGCCCACACCUUCGAGUCCUGGCACAGUCUGGCCCUGGCCAAGGGCAAGUUCCCGCAGACGGCCGCGGAAUGGGCGGAGAUCCUGGCCCUGCAGAAGCAGUUCCACAGCGUGGAGGUGCACAAAUGGAGGCGGAUCCUGCGGGCUUCCGUGGAGCUCCUGGACGAGAUGAAGUUCUCGCUGGAAAAGCUGCAUCAAGGCAUCACGGUCUCAGACCCUCCUUUCGACUCUCAGCCACGGCCCGAUGAUAGCUUUUCCUGAGGAAGCCUGGCCACACGGCUGUCCCCCAAAUGGACAGAUGGACACAGAGCCUCGGCAGCCACUGCUGGCACGGUGUGAGCGCCGGGAGCCUCCGCCCACCCCCCCAGUGGCUGGACUGGGGGCCAUGCGGAUGUGGGGUUCACCGAACUGAGAUGCACUUUAGACCAGUGUGCGCACCCGGCUGCAUCGCCCGCCCAGCCAGGGAACUGGCCUGUCCUCUGGCAGGCCCCCCACUAACUUAUUUUGUCUGGCUGGUGCCGUGGAGGGCGCCUCCUGGGGUGCACGAUUCCCUGAUCUUUGGGUUUAAUGUAUUAUAUUUAUUUGGGCCGGACAGAGCCCCAAUAAAGGGUGAGAAGCGGCGGCGGCUGUGCCUGUGGGGCCAUGGGAGCGGUGGGGACCUCCUUUGCGCAGAGACCCUGCUGCAGUUGGGACGGAGGUUGUGUCUGUUUUCUGGGCCCACAGUCACUGAAGUGGGCAGGAAUUCCUCUGCAUCCUGCACAAGCUUGGUAACAUCAGAGGCCACUGUGGGGGCUCUGGGUCCAGACUUGGUGCCAGGCGGCCUGGCUUCACAUCCUGCCUCUGCUCCUUGGCAGCCGUGGGACCUGCAGCAGGCCGCCCAGCCUGUCCCAGCUUCAGUUUUCUCUUCUGUACAAUGGGCGUAAUGAGAGCACCUGCCUCCCAGGGGUGGCUUUAAGCAAGUGGUUCUCUAGCUGCGUCAUAAUCUCCCAGAGAGCUUGCUGCAAGACAGAUGUGGGGCCUCACCCUCAGAGUUGGGGGUUCAGUGGGUCUGGCGCAGGGCUGAGAGUCUGCAUUUCUAACAGGUUCCCAGAUGCUGCUUGUCAGGGGACCACACCAUGAGCACCACUGUUAUAAGGACUCAGGGAACUAAUAAACGUGUCUGUGUAUAACAGGGCUCAGCACCGCGUAAGUAUUCAGUGAAUGCUUCUCUUACUGCAGAAACAUUGAGAGGAAAAAAGUAAUAACUUGGGUUGUUGUUGUGAGG